AUGUCACAAUGGAUGACAACAUUUCCAGGGUAUGCUUGGCUCUUGAGUACUGUUAAGAAGAUAUUCGGUAAUAUAAUCAAGACUGGGCCGGUUCCUAGACAUAUAGGAUUAAUUAUGGAUGGUAACAGAAGAUAUGCAAGAGCACAUAAUAUUGAAUUGAAAGAAGGUCACAAUAUGGGAUUUGAAAGUAUGGCAAGUAUUUUGGAAAUACUAUAUGAAUGUGGCGUUGAACAAGCAACAGUUUAUGCAUUCCUGAUUGAAAAUUUCAAAAGAUCGAGUUAUGAAGUUAAAUGGUUAAUGGAUUUAGCUAAACAGAAGUUUCAACAAAUUACUCAACAUGGAGAAUUAUGUGAACAGUAUGGAGUUCAAAUCAGGAUUUUGGGUAAUACUUCAUUAUUACAACCGGAUGUUUUGAAAUUGUUAAGACAAGCUGAAGAUAUAACAAAGAACAAUAAAAGAGCAAUUUUAAAUGUUUGCUUCCCUUAUACCUCAAGAGAUGAAAUGACAACAGCUAUCAAAGGGAUAGUUAAAAAAUCAACCGAAGUUGAUGAUUUCAUAAUCGAUGAAUCUACUAUCGAUAAAUUCUUAUAUACCAAAGAUGCCCCACCAUUAGAUUUAUUGAUUAGAACUUCUGGUACUUAUAGAUUAUCAGAUUUUCUUUUAUGGCAAAGUGUUUCGUCACAAUGUUCAAUUGUAGUUAUAGAAACAUUAUGGCCACAAUUCAAUCCUUAUGAAAUGUCAAAGAUUUUAAUCAAUUGGAGUUUCAAUAAGUAUUGGUACGGAAAUUCCAACGGAUACACCGUGAGAGGUAAUCCUGAUAAUUUAAGAUUAAGCAAUGACGAAGAUUUAGAAGACGAUGAACCCAAUGCCUUUACUACCUCAUAUAAUCGAAAUCCUAUAGUUGAAGAUGAAGAUAGCUUCGAUCGUGAUAGUGAUAGUGAUAGAGUUAUUGAUAAUGAAAACGACACCGUUCCUUCAGAAGAGUCAUCUAUUAAUAUCAAAACAGCAUAA